GAGAUGUGUUCAUCGGCAAAAGAGUACGAUGUUUUUCUUAGUUUCAGAGGUGCGGACACACGUAACAACUUCACCAUCCAUCUCUUCAACGCUCUAAAAAACAAAUCAAUCAAGACGUACAUGGACUGUCUUAUUGAUAGAGGAGAAGAUGUUUGGCCAUCACUUGAGAGAGCAAUCGAGGACUCACACGUGUCAAUCGUGGUUUUCUCUAAAGACUAUGCCUCUUCGAAGUGGUGCUUGCAAGAACUGGUGAAGAUUCUGCAGUGCAGAAAAGAUGUUGGUCAGGUUGUUAUACCUGUUUUUUAUGGAACAGAUCCGUCACAGAUAAGGGGUCAGACUGGGAGCUUCGAGCAAUCAUUUGCGAAACAUGUACGAGGUCUGGGAGACAAUGACAUCAAAGUCAAAAAAUGGAGAGACGCUCUCACUGAAGCUGCCCAAAUUUCUGGAUGGGACUCCCGAAAUCUGGAUGAGUCUCAACUCAUCGAGAAUAUUGUGAAUGAUGUAUUGCAAAAGCGAUGUCUGCGGAGACCCAUUGAGCUAAAUGGCCUUGUUGGAACCGACGAAAUCUGUAAAAAUGUAGAAAUUUUAAUGAAAAGAUACAAAGUCAUUGGGAUUUGGGGCAUGCCUGGAAUUGGCAAGGUUUGCUAUGUAGAAAAUGUAAAAGAAUAUUCACAUGAUAGGCUUAUCUCUAAGCUAUUAAAAGAAGAAAUUUGCAUACCGAAUGUUGUUGGAUUCCAAUAUGGUCUAAAAAGGCUUGGUAACAAAAAGGUUUUCAUAGUACUUGAUGACGUGGAUAGUUUGGAUCAAGUAAAAUAUUUCUGCAGAGAAUACCGAGACCUAAAUGAAGAUAGUAUAUUCUUAAUGAUGAAGUGGAUUGGAUCCACGAGAAAAGCCUUCAAUGAGAUUCACCCUCGAGAGGGUUAUGAGGUUCUAUCUGCUAGCAUGGUAGAGUAUGCUGGCGGCGUUCCAUUAGCUUUGAGGGUUUUGGGUUCGAGUCUUCGAUCGAAACGAGUUGACUUUUGGAAAGGUACUCUCGAGAAACUGAAGAGGUAUCCUGAUAAGGCUAUUCAAGACUUCUACAAAAUGAGCUAUGAUGGAUUAGAUGAAGAAGAGAAAAAGAUAUUUCUUGAAAUUGCAUUUUUUCACAAAGGAGAAGAAAAGGAUAGUGUCACAAGCAUACUCAUGGCCUGUGGGCUUGAAGCAAGGUGUGGAAUGGUGGUCCUUCGAGAUAAAGCUUUCAUAUCUAUUUCAUAUAAUAAUACAAUAGAAAUCCAUGACUUGUUGCAAGAAAUUGCGUUUGAAAUAGUGCGUCGAGAAAGUAGUGAAGAUCCUACAAGACGUAGCCGAUUGAUGAGGGACACUGAAGAAAUUUGUACUAUCCUCAAAGAUAACAAGGGUACAGAUGCAAUUGAAGGCAUAAUGUUAGAUUUGUCACAAAUUGCAGAAAUGCAGUUGCGUGCUGAUGCUUUUAGAAGGAUGAAUAAUUUAAGAUUUCUUAAAUUAUAUAAGCCCUCAGAUCAAUGUGCUGGUAAAAUUAGUCUUCCUGAAGACCUUGACUCACUUUCUGACAAACUAGUUUACCUUGAGUGGUAUGGAUACCCUUUGGACUCUCUUCCACUAAACUUUUGUGCUAAGUUCCUUGUUGAGAUUCGUAUGUCGCACAGCAAUGUCAAACAACUAUGGCAGGGGAUUCAGGAAGUUAGCAACCUGGAGAGAAUUGACUUAAGUGAAUGCAAGCAGUUAAUAAAGCUUCCAGAUUUGUCUAAGGCAAAAAGACUGAGAUGGGUGAACCUCUCCGGCUGUGAGAGUUUAUGUGCUCUUCAUUCAUCAGUUUUAUCCUCCGACACACUUAUAACUUUGAUAUUAGACAGGUGCAUAAAUUUACAAUAUGUUAAGGGCGAUAAGCACUUAAAAUCUCUAGAGAAUAUUAGCGUCAAUGGUUGCUCAAGUCUGGAGGAAUUCGCAGUGUCAUCUGAUUUGAUUGAAAGCUUGGAUCUAAGCAACACAAGAAUUGAAAUGCUAGACACAUCAAUUGGCCGUCUAUGCAAACUUGGAAGCCUCAAUCUAGAAGGUUCUCCCGUUAAGCAUCUCCCGACCGAGCUAUGCUUGACAUCGCUUAAGGUCCUAAAGCUCUCGUAUGAUGGCCUAGUAAUCGACAAGCAACAACUUCAUGUUCUCUUUGAUGGCUUACGUUCUCUACAGAUAUUGCAUCUCAAGGAAUGUAGUAAUCUCACUGAAUUCCCUGACAACAUUGGCAUCUUGUCAAAAUUACAGGAACUAAUACUUGAUGGAAGCUCUGUGCAGUGCUUGCCUCCGAGCAUUAAGCAUCUUCAAAGGCUGGAAAUUCUGUCCUUGAAGAGUUGCAAGAAGCUCCGGAGUUUGCCAGAGCUUCCACCACUAAUCCACGAGUUCUGUGCUGAUGACUGCGCCAUAUUGAAGUCGGUGUCAAACUUGAAGACCUUUUCUAAGAAGAUGGUGGGAAAGACGAAACACAUUUCGUUCAAGAAUAGCUUGAAAUUGGAGGAAGAGUCAUUGCAGUCUGUUAUGAAAAGCCUCCAUUUAACAAUGAUUAAAGCUGUGGCUAACAAUGUGGUAGUGAGAAAACACCGCGGAGGCUAUAAUUAUAACAGUAUGGAGGUUUGUUUACCAGGAAGCAGAGUUCCAGGAGAGUUCUUGGCAUACAAAAAAUCAGAGUCUUCAUCCAUUAUCAUUACCGAACUUCCUGACUCUGAAUGGUUAGGCUUCAUUUACUGUGUUGUUCUUUCGCCAUCCGAAGGAAUAAGGAAGGAAGGCGCUAAGCUUCGAUGUCAAUGCCAGUUGGUAGGAGGCCAAAAGGGUACAUGGUUGAACAAAGCCGUCAGUGAAUUGAACUCGGAUCAUGUUUAUGUAUGGUAUGAUCCACUUCAUUGCGACAACAUUCUUAGAUUCCAUCCACCAAAGGUUCGCUUUGAGUUUAGUGUUACAACUGAUGAAGGGGAAGUGGAUGGAUCAAUCCAUAUUAAAGAGUGCGGUGUACUCCUCAUAAGUUUUUCCCUUGUGGAAAGUGUUUUACAAGAAUUGGAGCUGCAUUUGCCUGUUGAUUUGGUUGAGGAAGAAAAUGUGCUGGCCCCUGAGGAGAAGCCAAUUGCAUGUUAUUCUUCUCAACUAGAUACGCCUUCAGAAGAUAAUCAAAAUAAAUCCAUGGAUCUUGACAAAUCUAAAGGAUUACUGCAAGAAAGAAAAAAUGCGCUCGUGCAACGAACUGAAUGCACCUUACCUUCAAACAUGAAAGAUGUAGCCAAACAGGCAGAAGGUGAAGGCGACUCUGCAAUGGCUGCUCAGUUGUUAGAAAACUUGGAAGGACCGUUAUUGGACGAUCAUGUCCUAACUUUAGACGAUCAUUCCCUAAUGAAAGGCCAUGGAGGUCCUGCACUUUUCCGUUGGCUUCAAGAUCAAGCGCUUCGUUCGGCGAGCGUUGCAAGAUACGCGGAGCAGAUGAGGCGGUCAGGAAGCAAGAAAGUUUGA